AUGAAGACAUAUUUUAAACAUCCAUACGAAAAAUCAUUGACGAGAAUAUUUUAUUCAUCAUUGGAUGCGGUCAAUCACAUUACGUCGCGUGUCGAUUUUCGUCAACGUGUUGUCCAACCGUCAACCAAAGAACAGCAACGCCUGUUAUCAUCAUCCAGUUUACCACGAUUACAGCACGUGCACUCUGGUAAAUAUGGUAUAAAGCCAAUAUGGCCUUCUGACAACUCAAAUCGUUGGUCUUCAAUCACAUCAAUAGCAUCAAAAAGUGAUCGAGAUCAAUGUUUACACUCCAAGUCAGAUUUACAGAAAAAAUGUAUUCUUCCAUCAACAUCGACUGUGUCAUACGUCGAUCAAAUAGAUGGAUCAAUGUUAAUGCUAGCUUCUAUCUCUUUGUUCCUUCUUCUUCUCAUCUAUAUUGUCUAUCGACGUCGAUAUACUAAAUCUAAUGAAAUCAAACUCAAUGAAAAACGACGUCAACAAAGUCUUGAAGAUAAUCUUCAUAUUCAUGAACCAUUUGAUUAUCAUUCGCCGACUAUACGACUAUUACCAACUAUCAUUGAAGAAAAUUCUGCGUCAUUAUCUCCAUCAAAUUCAACAAAUAAAUUGAAUCCAUUUGUAAAUACAACGGAUAUUACAUCAGCACCAGUUGUCACAGACGACAAUAACAGUCGGAAUACAUCAUCAACAUGUUUAGAUCAACCGAAAACUUCAACAGAUAAUACUGAUAAUAAAGAAAAUUUAGUUAAAAUAUCUUUAAAUCAACAGAAACCUUCUACAAAUAAAAUUCAUAAUAAAGAAAAUGUAGUUCAAAUAUCUUUAUUACCUAAAGAACAACAACAACAACAACAACAACAACAACAACAACAACAACAACAACAACAACAACAACAACAACAACAACAACAACAACAACAACAACAACAGCCACAACAACAGCCACAACAACAACCACAACAACAACAACAAUCACGACAACCACAACAACCACAACAACCACAACAACAACAACAACAACAACAACCACAACAACAGCCACAACAACAACAACAACAACAACAACAACAACAACAGCCACAACAACAACCAACAGAAACAAAGCAACGACGUCGUUCACGAUUUGAGCAAGAAUCAACAAAUUCAAUUGUCGAAAAGCCAUCAAUAGAAAAUUUAUCAAGUCCACCGGUGGUUGUUCGAAAAUCUUCUACUACACAUGAACAUGUUAUUGGAGAUGAUUUCACAUCACUAGAAGAAAUUAAUAAUGCUGUCAAACAAGUUGGUCUUGAUCAUUCACAACUUAUUUUCGGUAUUGAUUAUACAAUAAGUAAUUUAGAAACAGGCAAAAACUCAUUUCGUGGUUACUCUCUACAUCAUAUCGAAGAAGGAUUACUUAAUCCAUAUCAAAGUGUUAUUACGAUUGUUGGACGAACUUUAGAAAAAUAUGAUUCAGACACACUAAUACCAGUAUUUGGUUUUGGUGAUCGAACAACACUCGAUCGAAAAAUUUUUUCAUUACGUCCAGAUGGCAGCUACUGUAAAGGUUUUCGUGGUGUUCUCGAAGCUUAUAAUGAGAUCACACCGAAAGUACGCAUGUCUGGACCCACAAAUUUUGCACCAUUAAUUAGGGAAGCUAUUAAAAUUGUGAAGAAAACAGGAGAAUAUCAUAUUCUUGUGAUUGUUGCUGAUGGCCAAGUCACUAAUGAAAGACAAACAAAAGAUGCUAUUGUUGAAGCAAGUAAUUAUCCAUUAUCAAUUGUUAUGAUCGGUGUUGGGGAUGGACCUUGGGAUAUGAUGAAAGAAUUUGACGAUUCAUUACCAACACGACAAUUUGAUAAUUUUCAAUUUGUUAAUUAUAAUAGUGUCGUUGAAGCAUCAACAAAUACUGAUUCGGUAUUUGCACUUCGUGCUCUUAUGGAAAUACCUUCACAAUAUGCAGCAAUAAAAAAACUUGGCCUUCUCAAAAAAACUUGA